AGACUCUUGUGUUGGAUCCAGAAGUUGCUAAAGCAAAUACACUGGGUUUUGUUGGAUGCCUUUCCUCAGUUCAAUACAAUCAUAUAGCACCAUUGAAGGCAGCCCUCCGUCAUGCCAGCAUUUCACCUGUGACUGUUGAAGGGACUUUGACAGAGUCCAGCUGUGACUCCAUGAUAGAAUCUGAUAUGACUGGAGUGACUACUGUUAAUUCUCCGUCAGUUCCCUUUGGAAAGACAGAUGAGCAUGAACCACUCACAAAUGCAAUCCAGAGUGACUCAGCAUUCAUUGGAGGUGUCAUAGCAAUUGUGACAUUUAUCACUUUUUGUGUCCUUGGAAUCAUGGUCCACUUCCUCUAUCAGCACAAGCAGUCACACCGUACCAAUCAGAUGAAGGAGAAGGAAUACCCAGACAACUUGGACAGUUCCUUUAGAAAUGACAUUGACUUGCAAAACACAGCAAUCGAGUGCAAACGGGAAUACUUCAUCUGAACUGUUGUAGGGUCAUCUGGUCCUCUUUUUUGCAGAGGUUUCCAUCUCUUUUUCUUUUCUCUUUUCUUUCUUUUAGUUUAGGAAUUCUCUUUCUCUCACAUGCCAUUGAAUUUUUAGAAUACAUAUGUAUCUACCAAGAGCACCAAUCUCCUCAACCCAGUUCAGGAGAUCAGGUAGCAGUGGAUAUUGUAAUCCAUUGGCAUAUGUGUCAUUGUAAAAAUGACCACCAGGACAGAGACUUCACUAUUUUAAACAAGGAAGAGGCACACGUGCCCACAUGCAGAUCUAUUACUGUAGUCCAGUUUCUAAAUUUUACUCUUCAGAUUCUCAGGCACUUGGUCUUGCCAGCUUCUAUUAGACUUGAGCUCUGUGGUGUUUGCCUUUAACAAAUGUCCCUGGUCAAUAUUAUAUUUUUAGGUAUUAUGGCUUUAGAGAAGAAAAUGGAGUGUAUGUGUAUGACAGAGAAAGAUAUUGUCAGAUCACCUUUUAAGGGAUGAGUUUAUCAGGGAGCAGUUUCCCAAUUAAGCAGGAAAGUAUGAAGAAAAGAAAAUCUACCCAGAGAGAGCAAUAUUUGUUCUUUUAGGUUCCUUCUGAGAUAGGAGGGGAGUUUUGAGAUAUUAGGUUACAAAGAAAUGUUUGUAAAGUUGAUAACCUGUGUGUGUGCGUGCGUGUGUGUGUGUG